UCAAACUCACUCUAAAACUCCGCCCUCUCUCACUCUCAAACUCACUCUCAAGCCGUUCGUAGCCUGCCGUUCGUCUGCCGUUCGUAGCCCACCGUUCGUCUGCCGUUCGUAGCCCGCCGUUCGUGCUCUCUCUUUUCAGAAAGGUUGUGAGGCUGUCUAUUGCGCCGGUUUUGACUGUGAUUUCACAGAAGCAAAAGGGGGCUUUGAGAGAAGCUUACAAGAAGAAGAAGUACCUGCCACUCGAUCUGCGUCCCAAGAAGACAAGGGCCAUUCAGAGAAAGCUUACCAAGCGCCAGUAUGGAGCCUCAGAUCGAUGAGGAGCUAGAGAUCUUGCACCCCGGUCCACUUCAGCGUUCAGUGUUGACGCGACAACCAUAUCAUCGAUCAGAGGCCAUUUGGAAUGGCGAGGACCCGAGCCCACUUGUAUGCCGUGGUCGCACUAAGGAGAUGGCAAACGUUCAGAUGGAAGAUAAUCAGGUGAUUGACAUUAUCAAAUUGCUAAGGUUGGAAGGAUUGUUUAGAGCCCCUUCCAAAGAGAUCGAUCAUUGCCUAAUAUCGGCCCUAGUUAAGCGAUGGCGGCCGGAGACUCAUACGUUUCAUCUUCCACAUGGUGAGAUGUCAAUCACCCUACAAGAUGUGGAGGUGAUUUUCGGACUUCCUAUAGACGGUGAGGUCUUGGUUGGGCCGACUGCUGUGGAGGAUGGGACUUGGAGGCAAGUGUGCGGGGAGUUGCUUGGAUUUACUCCGCCGGAUGACAAUAAAACUUUGGUGGGCCAAAGAAUUCUCAUCAGCCGACUUGUUGAGGCCGUUGCAGCACCACUGCCUCAGGACGCAACAGAGAUUCAGAUACACCAGUAUGCCCGGUGCUAUAUUUUAGCGCUAGUAGGGGAUAAACUUUUCAUGGACAAGUCAGGAGAUAGGGUGCAUAUGAUGUUCUUGGAGUUCAUGCGCAACCUUCGUGAUCCGCGGCAGUAUAGUUGGGGUAGUGGUUGCUUGGCUUGGUUGUACAGGGACUUGUGUCGGGCAAGUGAGAAAGGCGCAUCGCAGAUUGGUGGGGCGUACACUUUGGUCCAGUAUUGGGCAUGGGCAAGGUUGCCAUUCUUGUGCCCGAGGAUAGAGUCCCCACCUGGAUGUGAUUAUGGCCCAUGGCCAUAUGCUCCACUUGCAUUUAAGUGGGUGAGGGUGCCAAGCUCGAAGAGUAGGCCAUCCGGCACGGCCUUGGUCCGCUAUCGCGAGAAAUUAGUGACAAUGCAGCCAGACUAGAUUGUGUGGCAGCCAUACGAGGCAGACUUCGGCCAUCUUCCUGAGUUCUGUGUUGCAGGGAGGGAUACGUGGACAGCCAGGGUGCCGCUUGUGUGUUUUUGCAUAGUAGAGAGACACUACCCGGACCGUGUCCUUCGACAGUUUGGGUUGGCGUAGCAGCAGCCUGACGAUGUUGUCUACGAUGAUAGACUGCAUAAAAUUGACUUACGUGGGAAGGUGGAAAAGAAUUGGAGGGAGGAGCAUGGACCGUAUAUCAUUUCAUGGGAAAUGUGACGACAACAACUUUGUCAUGCACCUCCUCAGAUUGGUGAGAUGUCCCGCGAUCAUGCCUAUUACGUCUGGUACCGUCCGGUCACUCGAAAGUAUGUCGACCGCAACAGCGCUAAAUUAGAUAUAAUGAUUCAAAGCCAUUUAGCGCUGUUGGAGAUGCUUCCUGAAGGCAACGAAGCUCACAACCAUGUUCGGCGUGUCCUAAAUAAUGUGGCUGGCCUUGGUCGUGAUCCUGUAGCAAAUGAGGAGGUAGACAAUGGGCAUGAGACUGAACUAACAGCUACUGAAAUCCCAAGCACAAGCGCAGCACUCGUAAGUACAUGGACCCGUGCUCAGCGUGCUAUUGCAAGCCCAAGCACAAGCGCAGCUAGGGGCCUUGGUCAGCCUGCUACAGCAAGCCCAAGCACAAGUGCAACCAGGGGCCGUGGUCGGCUUGCUACAGCAAGCCCAGGUACAAGUGCAACCAGGGGCCGUGGUAUGCCUGCUACAGCAAGCCCAAGUACAAGUGCAGCCAGGGGCCGUGGACGGCGUGCAACAACCCCUUGGGUUGUAACUAGUCCUGAGAUGCCUGCACCCAUCCCGCACUCAUCUCCUCAGCCUAAGGUCCCUCCACACAUCCCAGAUGCAUCUCCUCAGCCCGAGGUCCGUUCACCCAGCCCACCUUCGCAGCCCGAUUUUGAUCUCAGUAUUGAUGACAAUGUGACCCCUCCUAUACUCCCCGAGACACCCUCUUACCCACCUACCAGCUCUACUGCACCCACUCUUGGCCUCUACUUAGAGCAUCAUUACCCACCUACCGCAUCCUCAUCUGACCCUCUGGGACCUUCGAUUGGGAUUGACACUGUACAGCCACAUAUUGAUGUACCAAACGAGCAUCCCUCUCAUCAGCCCUCACCUCAACGAGGUAGAUCACAGCGCACUAGAAGAGCACCCACUUGUGGGACAGGUGGACACAAAAUAAGACACCGAGGUAGCUCUAUGCAUGAUGAUGAGCCUAAGGAUGAUGCCCUGCAGCGUCCUUCCCCGCCCAAACAUUACACAAGGGUUAAAAAACGCAAAAUUGGCGAACCUUGAAAUUGUUUAUUAUCAAUUUAUCACUAGAGAGUAGAGAGCUUGGGUUGUGUUGUGUUGGAGCAGAAUUUGAAAGAGUGGGUGAGCUAAAUGAUGCAGAGGUUUAAGGCAGCCUUGUUGCAGAGGCGCAACAAUCUUCACAUUCACAGUCUUUGUUUCCUCAACCAAUACCACACAAGGAAUCUCUGUUCUCUUCCGGUCACAGGGUUUAUGAUGCUUGUUUGCACAUGGGCAUUAUAGUUUCUGGUAGAAGCCAAGCUAUCUGGGGAGUUUCAGGUUGUGCUUUAUGUGAUAAACGCCAAAUCUUCUACUCACAAGAUGCGUAGCUCACCGGUUGUGCAUUCUGUCUUAACCCAAAGUGAUUCUUUCUCUAAGCCAUCACACUCUGGCAGGAAUUCUUGCGACUCAGAAAUACAGUUGGAUACAGUGGAUGAACUUCAGAGUGAUAAAUCAUCCUUUAAGGAGUGCAAUCUUGGAGAUGAGACUGGAAAUUUUGGAUUGUGCACUGAAAGCAAUACUUAUUCUUCCAGGUUCCAGCUUGAACAGGAUGUAAACAGAUUGCAACAGCAGUUGCAAGAAGAGAUGGAAUUGCAUGCUGUUCUGGAAAAGGCUAUUGAGAAAAAUGCUAUGAAAUUGUCAAGUCCAUCACAUCUCCCUCACCAGGCUCAAGAGCUCCUGUCUAAUAUUGCAUUAUUGGAGGUCACAGUUUCAAAACUCGAACAAGACAUGGAGUCUUUGCAUUUCCAACUUAGCCAAGAAAGAAAUGAACGGAGGCUUGCAGAAUAUCGAUUGAGGCAUUCAUCUUUUCCAUCAAUACCUCGUUGCUCCUCUGAUAUUCUUAAUAAAUUGAUUUCACCAUCUUUGAGGUGUUCAAAGCAUUCCAUUUCUAUAGUGGGUGAUGCCCGCGAAGAUAACUCCAGCCAGGAGCUGCAAGGCCAUUGGAAUCUACUGACAAAUAUGCAGAGUCAAAAUGGAGUAGACGCUGUUGUACUUUACCACAACAAGAAAAUGUCUAUGAAAAUAGAUUCCAAAUCUGUUCAAGCUGUAGAGUUCAGGAAGCUUCCUAAAGGGAUGCCAACAAAGGGCCUUUGGGAUCAUCCUAAUCAAUUAUCGGAAGAGAUGAUGACAUGUAUGAAAAAUAUAUUCAUUUCUUUGGCGGAUUCUGCUAUACCAUCCAAAUCAUCUGUGUCAGAGAGCCACUGCUCACCUCUAUCACCACGUGGGCAUCUUUCCAAUUUAUCUUGGUGGUCAUCAUCUGAGAGGUCAAUGAUUUCAUCAUGGGUGCAGAGCCCACAAGUUGAUGUAAAGAGUAACUCUGAAGUGUUGGCUUCAGAGAAUGCAUGUGAUCCCUAUAGGGUGCGUGGAAAACUAAGUUGGGCAGACGUUGGAAACUAUGGAUUAGCAACUGAAGUUUCUUGGAUGUCAGUUGGGAAGAAGCAGUUAGAAUAUGCUGCAGGGGCACUGAGAAGGUUCAGAACGCUUGUUGAGCAACUGGCCAAAGUGAACCCCAUCCAUUUGAGCUGCGAUGAGAAGCUUGCUUUCUGGAUCAACUUAUAUAAUGCUCUGAUCAUGCAUGCUUAUUUGGCAUAUGGAGUCCCAAGGAGUGAUUUGAAGCUCUUCUCUUUGAUGCAAAAGGAUAUGGAAAUCAAGGUGUUGUCCAUUAUUAAAUACAAAUACACCGCUUUUAAUCUUGGUCAUGAGGAGAACACGCCAGCAGGUUCAGUACACAGGGAAGGUUGGAGAUGCCAGAUAUCCAGGGACUCAUAUGUCAAAGGUACUCUGGAUUUGGAAGUAGCAUUAUUUAGGUUCGGUUAGCUUCUCUGUCGUGGGUUUUGAAAGAGCAGGAGCUUUUGGUCAAAGACUUUGGCUUGGUUGAUAAUUAAUGUGUGUAAAGGCGAAAUGUUUCAGAAGUGUUCCAAGCUACGGGAAAUUUGUAUUUGUCACAUGAGUAGUGUCAUGGUUAUGCUGUCAGCAGCAAUGCAAGUGGUGAAACUCUAGUUGUUGCACCAUUCUGUUAAUGAAUGCAUCGGUGUAUGGAACUAAGCUUUCAAAUACACUUCAUAUUUACCCUGGAAAAUUACUAACCCAGUUAUGUGAUGAUCACUAAUUCUUUAAUUUAUUUACCAAUUUUUAUGCGAA